CAUAUCUAUAAAAUAUCCUUUGGCAUAUCAGACAUAGUUAAGGUGCUACGUUGUGAACGAUUUAAGUAUAUGAAAUAGAUUGUGCUAAUGAAUUAGUUUUGUUAUAAACUAUUUUGUGAAUGAGCUUUACUGAAUGUAAAAUAUACAUAAAACAAGCUGCAUUAAGCUUCUUUGCAUGGAAACAGGCUUCAUUAAAGUUUUUAUAUUAACGCAGCCUAUUUUGGAGUUAAGUAACAUCUGAACAUCUAACCAAACAUUACAUUAAAGCAUAUAUUAUUCAAAGUGUUUUAAAAAACUUUUCGACGAAUUUCCUUUUGGAUAUACUUGUAGAUUGGAUAUACUCAUUGAAUAUACUAAGAGAUAUGGUAUAGAAAUAUGAAAACUAAGUCACCAUUAUUUCUCAGAACAUAAAUCUGGAUAACAGCAAAAUUUACUCGCUGAUUACUUUUGUUUUGGAUAUACAGUCUUAUGAUACGUUCAAAUAGUUGGCUUGUAGAAUGCAGUAAUCUUAAUUACAAUCUCUUCUCAGAACAUAACUCGUUGAUUACUUUCUUUUUUAAUAUACGCUUUUAUCACACGUACUAAGAGUUAUGGUGUAUAAUUCUCUAAACUUAUUUACAAGCACUUCUUAGAAGAAAAAGCCUGCAUAAAAAUUAUACCUCGAUCAUUUUCGUUUUGGAUAUAGGGUUCUAUUAUACAUGCUAAGACAUAUGGUAUAGAAUUCUGUAAAAUUUAUAACCAUCCCCCUAUGCAGAACAUGAAUCCUGGAUAAAAAGAAAUGUUUCAAAACGCUCGUUGAUUACUUUCGUUUUGGAUAUACAACUUCAUUACAUGUUCUAAUAGUUAUAAUAGAACACGUCUCAGAACAUUAAACUUGGAUAUAGACAAGUGCUUCAAAACGCUCGUUGAUUACUUUCAUUUUGGAUAUACGAUUUCAUCACACGCAAAGUGUUGGCACAAGGAAGAUAAGUAAACUUCAGUUUUUCACUACGAACUAAAAAUUGCUUCAGCGUUUUGAUUAAAGACUUUUAAGCAAAAUACUUCUUUCAAGCGCAUUUGGUUCAUAAAACUGACGAGUAGUGAUGAAGCUAAGCGUGAUGACUUAUCGUGCAAGUUGUGAACGUUUGAACUUGAUUCGUCAAUCAUCCUAUGGUUCAUCAUCUACCACAGCACGUAGGGGUAGCAGCCUAGAUAGUAGUUUGCUGCCCCGAAGUGCACCCCCUAGAUAUUCAGGCAUCUAUAGAAAAGCCUUCAGUGACAGGCUUGUAUCACCUCCUCCCCCAAGGAGGGCACGUAUGGUCAGUUUUGACUUAUCGGACGACGAGUACGAAAAUUUUGACUUUGAGAGUGAUAUUGAGGAUUCCACUGAGUGUGGUGGUGGCGUGAUGAUGGUCGAUGGAAGCCAUGACAGCACCAUCCCACCACCACCUCACCAAGAGAACAAUGACAGUCAACAAGAACAAAUAAAAAAAGAACCUAUAACAACAACAGCCCCACCAAUAGAGAGUGCGUCAGCACCCCCAGCGGUUACUCCCCCAGUGGUUGCGGAAGAGACUUCAGUGAUUACUACUGGCAGAUCUCGUUGGAAUAAACUACGCCACACCGUCCAGUUGUCUUCGGCGAUUACGCAGGUUGCUAAGAAGCCGCCACUGAAAAGAGAGGAUUCUUUCCUAAAGAGAUUCUCGACCCGUCCUGUUUCAGAUCCGAACGCCUCUGAAGGUUCAGCAAGACUAGCAGGCGAAGGAAUGUUCAAAAGCCACCUCUUUGGACUCUUUCGCUCCGUCGUCAAUCCUGACGAAAACAUUCUCUUUUAUUGGCUUUCACUCGUCACUAUAUGUCUUCUUUACAAUGCAUGGACCAUCAUCGUCAGACAGGCUUUUCCAGAGCUUCAGGAUGACUGGUCAACACUUUGGUACUUUUUAGACGGCUUUACGGACGUCGUUUUCAUAUUAGACAUAGCCUUCCAGUUCAGAACGGGUUAUUUAGAACAGGGUUUAAUGGUGUGUGAAAGUAGAAAAUUAGCAGGACAUUACAUGAAGUCAAAGAGCUUUAUAAUGGACAUUGUAGCCAUUUUACCAUUAGAUUUGGUGCAAAUUCAAUUUGGAGUCUUGCCACUCGUUCGGUUUCCUAGGUUUUUAAAACUGUAUCGUUCCUUUCGACUGUAUUACAUGGUGGAAUCGAGAACAAUUUAUCCAAAUUUGUGGAGAGUUGUGAACCUGAUACACAUCCUGUUGCUCCUCGCUCAUUGGUUCGGUUGUUUUUACUACCUCCUCUCUGAAUUCGAAAAUUUCGUUGGGGAGUGGUCAUACCCGAAACCGGUUUACGACUACGCAACAUUGUCAAGGAAAUACCUGGGAUCAGUCUACUGGUCAACACUCACUCUUACAACGAUUGGAGAUUUGGCGACACCAGCUACGAAUCUUCAAUAUAUGUUUACCAUCAUCAGUUACCUCAUAGGAGUAUUUAUCUUCGCUACAAUAGUUGGACAAGUAGGAACUGUCAUUACAAACAGAAACGCAAGCCGACUGGAAUUUGAAAGAUUACUGGAUGGGGCAAAACUGUACAUGCGUCACCAUAAAGUACCAAGAAAUAUGCAAAGAAGAGUUCAGAGAUGGUACGAUUACUCAUGGUCCAGGGGUCGCAUGCAAGGAGGCGGGGAUAUCAACUCAGCCUUAGGAAUUUUGCCUGAUAAGCUGAAGACAGAACUCGCCUUGCACGUCAAUCUCAAGACACUCAAAAAAGUUAGCAUAUUCCAGGAAUGUCAACCUGAAUUUUUGCAUGACUUAGUUUUGAAAAUGCGUGCCUACAUUUUUACACCGGGUGACUUAAUCUGUAGAAAAGGGGAAGUGGCAAGAGAGAUGUUCAUCAUUGCAGACGGCAUUUUAGAAGUCAUAAGUGAAACUGGCAAAGUUUUGACACAAAUGAAAGCGGGAGAUUUUUUCGGAGAAAUUGGAAUUUUAAACUUAGAUGGAUUCAAUAGGCGUACAGCAGAUGUUAGAUCUGUUGGAUAUUCAGAACUUUUCAGUCUUUCUCGAGAAGAUAUUUUAGCUGCCAUGAAAGACUAUCCAGAGGCGCAGGAUAUACUUCAAACAAUGGGCCGUAAACGACUGAUGGAAGCUCGCUUGGCGGCUAAUAUAGGUAGAGCUGGCGCCAAUGCUGCAGACCCCAAUUUAGCUGCAGGUGGUCAAAAUCUAUCUGGCGAUGAAAAAAUCGAUCCAUUGAAGCCAAAAUCUGCCGUUUCUAAGCUGAUUAAUAAAGAUGUUUUGAAUCUCAAAAAACUUUUGAGGACAAGAUCUACAGCAUCGGGAACAACAACAGAAGCUGAUACAAUUGAGAUGAAGCAAAUGCAGUCAUGCGAUGAUGACGGAUCUCCUAACAAAAGAAGAAACGUUUCUUUCCAAAAACUAAUCAAAAAGAUUCAAUUUAAAAGAGAGGACUCAACAUCAAGUGUUAAAAGUCUUGCAGAUAAAUUGUCAGCAUUUCGAUCCAAACCUGAAAAGAGUGUUGUUGAAACAUCCUCUACUUCAACAGAAGAUAGUGGUGAUUCCUCGACUCCAUUAAAUAAAAGUUUACCACUCCUUCAAAGAGUCCGUCUUCUGGGUGCACAAGAAAAGAAAUCAGAAUUGUUGGGCUCUUUAAACGUAACAAGCAAAAGUCCACCUUACACCACAUCUAAGUUAUCAGAAUUUCCGUUUGAGAAAAAAGAAUCAAAUGACAAAGGCAACAAACAACCUUCUCCGAAAUUCGGAAGAUUUGAUAAAAAUGCUCAACUACACAUUCCAAAGGAAGAUAUUCAGCCGACGUCCCCAAAAUCGAGGAGUAAUCCCUUGUCUUCUAUCUUAACAUCCGCCUUAUCAAUAGGGGCAACGUCCCCGAGGUCCUCUAAGAAGUUAUCGCCCAAAAAGGAUAGUGCGGAGAGUAAAAAGCCUCCCUUAAGUCCAAAAAGCAGCAGACUGCCCGAUAGCUCAUCAUCAGAAAUACCUCUUUUGAAGAAAGUACUUCUACGGAAAGUAAUGGACGAUAAAAAACAAGAUGGGCAACGGAAUUUAUCACCGACAGAACAUCAAGAAAAUUUAGAAAACCACGGGACGCACUUCGUGUUUGAAGACCACAGCACCGAAAGUGGUGACAUCACAUCAGAGGACACAUCGAACCGAGUUUAUUUAGAACAAUUCUCACGUACCUUGGGAUUUCAAAUGAGUGAAGAUGUAACGCCAUCUCUGAAGCAGCCUCAACCAAGGCAACGCCUGAAUGCCUCCUCCAUUACACCAUCCCCCUCAAAAGAAAAUAUCAAUCCUGAAAACGCAAUGACGAACGGAAAUCCAGAAAAUAAAGAAGAAAACAAAAUAAUAUCACCGCCACCAGAUAACCGAGGCCGGUUAAGCAGAAUGAUGGCGGUUCGUGAAGAUUCGGAUGAACGAUCUGUCAUAGGAGAAACAGGGGAAGAUGAUCCAUUUGUAAAAAGUACAGAAUGUCAAACAGAGUUGUUGGAUAUUACUUACACAAAAGAGAUUGAGGAAAGGAGGAAGUACUCUGAAAAUGAUCCUGAAUUGAGUAAAUAUCUUAAAAGUAUGAUUAGUGAUCUGGAAUCUGUGAUAAAAAGUUAUGCCAUGGAGCAAGUGCGAGAAUUGCAGAAAGAAAAUGAUGUUCUCCGUAAAGAAUCCCAAGAGAAAGACUCUGUUAUCAAAAAACUUCUCUCUCGAUUGGAGGAAAACAGUAACUGGGAAACAUUUGAUGAAAUCUCUAGUUUAGGAGAAUCAUCUAUCACACUUUCAGAUAACAGGGAAGAAAAUCAGAACGAACAAAAAAUUGAUUCAGAUUGCGAAGACAAAAGUGUGAGUGAAUCAGAUACCAAAGACCUGGAAGAUAACGAAAGCAAGCUACUUCUCGAGCAAUCAAAGAAACCAAGGAAAUCGUGGCCAUCGUCUAUCUGUGCUCGCAGACGCAAACUUGGUCUAACAAGACAAAGUCUCUCCCUCGAUGACCCCGAAUAUCAGAAAAUGGUUUUGGCAGAGGAAGAUGAACUGUGGCGUGUAGAAUUUCCUCCCCCGCCGCCAAACAUGCCAUCAAGAUCAGUCAUUCCAAAGCCCAAAAUCUAUCCUGCACUUCCAGAAAGCUUCUUAGAAGAGCUUCCCAGUGAUUUAGAAAAACCAUCAUUUGAGAGGAGCUUAACAGUAAAAAGUGACAACGAUUGGGAGGUUAAAAUGCUAGUCGAACAAUUCGAAGAGAACGUUCACCAUAGCAGGCGCCAUUCUAGUGGUGAAGCUCUGUCUUGGGACAAAGUCCUUCGACUCAGAAACUCGAUUAGAACUAAAAAUCCCCCUGCCCCCGCUGUACGAGGCAGACGUAAAUUCAGUCUCAUCGAAGAUAGCUCUGGCAGACCACUGAGUUGUCCGAGCAGUGCAGCGGGAGCUUCGUCCAUCAUGUCCCAAUCUACUUCAUAUUCGAGCUUAAUAAGCGUGGAUCAUCACCGAGAUUCCGCCGGAAUCAACAACACUAAGACAGAUCCCAAGCAUGUCCGACGAAAAAGUAGCAAUAUUUUUACCCAAAGCCGGCCGACCGGCAGGAAAUGUAGCCUUCCCAUUAUUCAGCCUCUAACAUCAAUCAACAUGGCUCGGUGGCUGAGCCUUGAAAACGUCAAACCAGAAGAUAUCCAGAACCAAGAAUCAAGCCACCGAACUUCCAUAUCGUCAGGAUAUUCUCAAGAAACUGUCAUAGAAGUUGGUUCCAGGUAUUCAUCUUCCGAAGAUGUGCACGAACCAGAUAACACCGAGGAAGGACACCAUUCUUCCAAUACUACAACAAAAGAUACUAGUUUUUCCCUCAAUCUUGCAACGGCGCCACGAAUUACCGAUUGGCCUUCGAGUCCCUGUCUUCCUACAAUACGGGAAGAUGAACACUCUCAAGCUCUUAGCUUUUCAACGACGAAAUCUUCGCCUGGUCGUAGCUUCAGCCACGACUGCUUGUCUAAAACAUUUGCCUUGAAAGAAAUGGUGCAAAACCACAGGAAAAACAUUUCGUUCCAGCAGAGUGACUCUGAUUCCUUCCAUGAGACGUUCUUUAGUACCGUUAUACCACCAAGUAACGACAACGUUAUUUUAGAGUUAAAUAAGUCUUCGUGUAAAGAUAUCUCCUCCGAUAAUCAACGUUUCUAUGGUGAUGAAAGUGCUGAAAAUAUAUCUUCAUCCAAACUCUCGAUGAAGGAAAAUCCAAAAACUCAGAACAGCGUCGUAAUAAAUAUUCCAAAUUUCGAACCCAUUCUAAGUCCUUAGAUAAGUGUAAGCCACGUUGAAGAUUGUAACGGAUUACAAUCUGCAACGACAUACUUGUAAUAAAAUAAUCAUUUUAAUACAAGAAAUCAUUAUUUUACGAUGUUUAAUGUCAAUAUUACCAUUUUCAUUUCAAUAUGUGUAUUUAAAAAUAGUAUGUAUCAUACUUAUUAAAUGAAAACAUAGAACCAAAUAAUGAAUAUCAUAAGUAGAAGUUUCUCAUUUUACAAAUAUUAUUAAAUUUGCAAUUACAUAUAAGUAAAUAUUUUUAAAUUACUAAAAAUAAAUUCUAAUUGACGUUAUUGUUACAUGCUGCAAGUGAUUCCAGUUCCCUUAAAUUAAAUUAUCUUUUCCCAGAACCUGAUUUGAAUUAAUGGUCGUUAUUUUCACUUAGCUAGUCGCUUUUUGAUACUCCCAUAAAAAUGUUCUAAGAAAAUCAGUUGUAAAAGCCAAAAUUAUUCAAGCUGAGAUAUUUACUUGAAAACUUAAAGUGUGCAGAGCUUGGGGCUAUACAAAUAAAAAGCCACAUUUUUUUCAAAUAGUUUAGAAAGGUUUUAAUUGAUUUAAAAUACCGUGACUUUCAUGCACGCAAUAAGAUGUUCUUGUGUAUAGUGAUGUUGUCAAGUUGAAAUUCCGGAAAUUUGUGUAAUACUUAUCUGAAAACAAUACUAAACAAUUUAGUGGAAAAAUUUAACUUUUGGGAAAAGUAUGACUUAUUACGAUACUGCCUCAAGCCUGAAAUAUAAUUUUUUUUUAAAUUACUUUUUUUCUUCAAUUUAUUGAUUUUGUAUUUCUUUUGAGUUAAAUUAACCCUUUGCUUACGGUGCACCAUCACACGUGGUCCACAUGUUCCAGCCGUAAGCAAAAAGUUAUGAUAAUGUUUUAUUUUAAAAUGUAAUUAUAUUUAUAUUCUGCUUUUAAGCUAUCGUAUUUGUAAUAGGUUUAACUUGUAACUUGGGAUAUUUUAAAUAAGUUCUAUCUGCAAGCUUCAGAAAAAAUAUUUUAUUCUAUUCACAUAAUUUUUCUGAAAAUGUCUUAUUUAAACUGUAGUUAAACAAUGAUAUACUUAAUAACAAAUUUCCAAAAAAUUUUUAAAAAUUUUUUAAAAUAUCUUAAAAAUUUUGAAAAACUUUUGAAACACUUCUCAAAGGGUAACACUACAUAUAUACCGCCCCUUAAAACUUAUUAUAAACUAAUAUAUAUUUUUGAGAAUAUUAUACAUCAACAUUGGACCUGUAAUAUGAAAUUAAAAUUUAGUGGUGAAUGAACAAAAUUGGUUUUGAUUUAAACAAAAAACAUGUACUUAUUAAUGUACUUAUUACUGCUUUAAAAAACUUAAUUUUAAAAACUAGAAAUAAUAAUUAAAAAAAGCAGGUAAACCUUGUAGCAGUGGCAAAUUUUAUGUCAAAGUAAAACAUUGCGUAUUUACUAAAAUAUGCUAAUAUGAAAACUGAAUUUUUUAAAAAAUGUAAAUAUUAAAAUGAUAAUAUCAUUUGUUUAAUUUUAAUGAUUUACAUUAUCAUAAAAAAAAUUUUGCUAAAUAUAAAGUAAGCAUAAUCCCAACAUCAAUGCAUGAAGACCAACCAUUUACUGACAUGAUUUCAAACUAAAAUAAUAAUAAUAAUAAUAAUAAAUUUUUUAGUUUUGUAAAAGUUAGUUUUUUAAAGCAGAAAUGCUUAAAUUUUUUAUAAGUUAAUUCCUUUUUGAAAAACAAAAAAAUUUUACCCAUUGGAAAAAUGGGCGUUCUUCCAGAUUUUUAAAAAAAUUAUCAAACAGCAGCGGUCACCAUAGCAACGCAUGCAAUGACGACGCAUGCGCACUGUUUACUAUUACUCUUGAACAGUUGAAAAGUGUGAUGACGUCCAAAUAUUCGACCAUCAAACCCAAAACAACGCCAUCAAACCCAAAACAACACCCAUUUUGCUAAUGGAUAAUAAAAGAAUGAACCGAUAAUUGCAAUAUUGAAGAGCAAAAAGUAAUGGGGAAAUAAUAUAACAGAAGUUAAGCUAUAAAAAGGUAAAAAAUAGAUUCUUACUUUUUUUUUAUAGCAAACUUGCUAUCAGAAAAAAUUGUUUUUAGAAUGUGCUAAUUUUAUGAAUUUAGAGCAAUAUUAGGCAUUGCCAUCACAAAAAUUUCUGCUGAAAGGUCGAAUAUUGAAGCACUUUAGAUACAGCUUUAGAAGAAAAAAAACUAUUGUUUAUAUAUUCUUAAGUAGUGCUACUUUUCAAUCUACGGACUUAUACAUAAAAAUGUGAAAUUGUUAUGUUUCAAAAAUGUAAUUUUUGGUCUAUAAAGAAAAGAUCUCUUUAAUUCUACCUUCACUGUGGUUGACCUUGAUAAUAAUUCGUAAUAAUAAUAAUAACAUGUUUUUUUUUCCAAUUACACAUAAAUUUAUAUAUUGCAGCGUAGAUUUAAUUUUUUCUAUUUGAUAUGGAAUCUAAAAAAUAUUCAUUAAGCUUAGGGUUCCGAGUUCUGUCCAGCGCAUUGCCAUAUAUAUGCAAAAAAAAUUAUUGAGCAGGCUAAACUUUGACAAAGACGUCUAUGUAAUUAAAACUCAAUAAAUAAUUAUAAAUCAAUUUCAAUAAAAUAUUCAAUUUUAGAAAAGUAUUAUUGAAUUUGCGACAUAUGUAGAGCCUGUCACAGAAUUACUUCACAAGUACAAUCCAUAAUUAUUAAUAUUAUAAUUUGCUUUUUUUUUAAAAAUUAAAAGGUGAUAGAUGUAGAAAACCUUCCACGACACUUAUUAUUUUUAUGGAACAAUAUAAUCGCUUUAUUUAUCGAGACCAUAAAUAAUAUAAAUCUUAAGGCUCCGAAGUUAUAGUUAAUACAUUCACGAAAUUCGGAGAUAUCCCGCCCUUUUAUUUCAUGUAUGAGAGCUUCUAGCGAAUUGUAAUUUCGAACAGAACAAGAUUUGAAAAAAAAACAGCCUUCUGUGAUGUGAAUAAGAGAGAAUUUAUAUGUAAAUAUCAUGAUAAAUGUACAGAUGAAAUAAAUAUAAAUUAUAUCAUUCAUGA